AUGUCCGCCCACGUGAUCUUCCGGGUGCGGUGCCAGAACACGCAGCCCGGGGAGAAGGUCUACGUGGUGGGGGGCGCCCCCAAGCUGGGCUCUUGGUCCCCGGAGGCCGCGGUGCCGUUGACCACCAACGCCCAGGAGUUCCCCUUGUGGUCUACUCAGCCACUGCCCAUCGCGGCGGGCAAGGUGGAGUACAAGUUCAUUGUGAAGCGCGAUGACAAGAAGGCUCCAGUGCGCUGGGAGGGCGUGGAGGGCAACCGUCAGCUGAUGGUCGACGCGAAAGACGCGGAGGUCUACGCGGUGUGGGGCGACCCCAACGAGCGGGUGGUGGGCAACGUAGAGGCGAGCCUCAGCGCCACGGCCAGUCAUGGGGCGUCCUCCAUCUACCCGGAGGAGGAAGGGCAACCGGACUCACCAGGCAGCCUCCCAUUGUAUGUGGACCUCCAUGAGACCUCCUCCCCGGAUUCUUUGCAGCCGGUGCGGCCGUAUCGGGGCCCCGCCUCUCUGGACUGCCUUCAGCUCCUGAAGGUGCCCUGCGACAUGAAGGGCCAGAUGGUGAUCUGCGGGGAGGGGGAAGAGCUCGGCAGCUGGAACCCGUACAUGGCGCCGGCACUGAAGCAUGUGGGCCCCUCCGGAGACCGCGAGGUGUGGGCCCUGCCGGGGGUGCUGGUGGACCUCACGCCUGGCAUGGCCUUUAAGUUUGUGUGCCUCGGCCACAACGGCAUCCCCCGGUGGGAGGAGAACCGCCCCAACCGGUUCUGGACCGGGGAGGAGGCGUCCUAUCUCUUCGACCUGCCCUCCCCGCGCAAGGGCAAGGAGGAGGGCAUGAACGAGGAGCUGGAGGUGGUUUGGGGCAACUGGCUGGUGGACAUUGACCCCCUAGAGUUCCCAGGUGCUAUCUUCCAUGCCUUCAACUGGAAGUUCUGCGACGUGCAGAAGAAGGCGGCGAUGGUCGCGGCGCUGGGCUUCGACGCGGUGCAGCUGAGCCCCGCGCAGCGGAGCAUCGAGGGGGACCAGUGGUGGACGCGGUACCAGCCCGUGAAGUACGAAGAGAUCCACGGCCUGGGCUCGGAGCAGGACCUUCGGAACUGCUGCAAAGCCUGCGAGAAGGCUGGGCUUCUGGUCUUCGGGGACCUGGUCUUCAACCACAUGCAGGUGGUGGCCAGCUGUGAGGAGUGGCGCAAGGCCCAGCAGGACGACGGGGUCAUGGAGAUCCUGCAGCGGCGGCUCUCACAGAAGCUGGGGCCCACCUUCGACAGGGACGACUUCCAGUGGCCCUGGUACCCCUUGGAGGGCGACGACUGGGACAGCGACAAGCGCAUGGAGGGCUGGGGCUGCGGCGAGUGGUCCGAGCUCAAGGGCGGGGCUCCCAAAGUCGUGGCAGUACACAACGCCCACAUGGCCAAGCUGAAGUCUUGCGGCAUCUCUGGCUUCCGCUUUGACGCGGCAAAGCACAUGCGGCCGCAGCACAUUGCGGACUAUGUGGACAAGGCAGAUGUGUAUGCCUAUGGCGAGGUGCUCAGCAUCGACCCCACGAUGCAGCAGGAGUACACCGAAGGUGUGCAUCUCACCACUGGGGAGCAGUUUCCGACCACGGACUUCCUCCUGUCGGUCUGGAUGCGAAAGUUCAUCGAGGUGGGCCCAGCUGCCGUGGACUUCGACAACACGGAGUGGGUGAAGCACCUGCGGGAGAUUGAGAUGAAGAGGCCCUCGGAGUUGCCGGAGAGGGCCUACAACGUGGAGAACGGCCAGAUGUCCGCUCCGGUGCUGUCGCGGAACUCCAUCCGCUUCGCACGGAACCACGACACGGUGUCCAACGAGGUGCCCUUCUACGGCCUCACGGGCUGGACUCAGGCCAGCGCGCAGGUGGCGGCGGCCUGGCUGCUGGCCACCCACGACGGCUCGGUGCUGCUGCUGGCGGAUGACGUCAAGAAGAGUCGGAUGAUCAAAGAGGCCCUCGCGUACCGCAAGGCCCUGCGGAAGUUCAUCGAGUCUCUGACACAGGAGCAGCGCCAGACUAUCCGAACCGAAGUGAGGGUGAGAGAGGCGGAGGAUGGCGGGCGGCCUUUGAGCAUUUGCAUCGCCUGCCGCGUGGAAGCAGGCGGCCCCGAUGGCAAGGAGAUCGACGGGGGCGCCCUGCUGGGCUUUUGUGUCCUAAAUCCGCACCCCGCAGGCCCAGUGGAAUUCUCGGGCUCCAACUGCCUGCAGCAAGAAGGAGCGAGCGAUCGCACCAUUGCCACCGGCGACCAGAAGGUGGUGCUGCACGGGGACGGCACGCUGCAGGAACCUCUGCGGCUGGCGCCCUACGAGGGCGCUUUCUUCCUGGCGGGCCUCUGA